AUGGCCGCACCGCAGAUCUACACACUAUCAGUGGCGGCCGCCUUCCACGGGUUGGACCGCCGGCAACAGCUGUAUGCCCAUCACAUGGCUAAGGCUGCAUGGAGUGGUACUAGGAUCAUCCUUCGGCAGGUGUCCCCGGAAGCCAAUGAUAUAUUCGAUUUCAUCAUGGCUCUGUACCGAGACUGUGAUGGUGUGUGGGAAAGGAUAACAGAGAGUGGCUCUGUGCAGCCACAUGAGUUGGAGAGCUUUCUAGAUUAUGCGGCGAUGUUCCUAUCGAAUGUUGGGAAUUACUUUGGAUCCGGCGAUCAAAAGUUCACACCAGUUAUCUCGGAAGAAAGUCUUGACAGGCUGGCUUCUUUCUCCCCGUAUGCCGGCGAACUGUUACCAAGGGUCAAAGCCCCAAUGCUGGCCAAAGUUCCUAGCAGCCUUGGACCGCCUGGGCCACUCACUCAGUCAACAUAUUACCUGGGAGAUGACGUCUUAGCAUCUUCAGACGACAUCGCUGCUAUCUCCAAGUUAAUGGAAGAAGCGGAAAUUCUGCCCGAGAAUACACGUUUGAGGAAAAAUCAAGAUACAGAUGAGUUCGCAUAUGAUAUUCUGCAGGCAUCUACAGUGGAAGCUAGAGAUAACUUGCAGGGGACUGAGCUACUCCCCGGUCUAGGUAGGCGCAUUCGGCUGGUACAGGGUGACCACAGAAAUGAUUUGAGGCAAAUCUGUGACUGCCUUGAACAAGCCAAAGAAUUCGCAUCCAAUCAGGCGCAGCAAGACAUGCUGGAAACUCUGAUCGCAAGCUUUGAAUCUGGUAAGCUACAGACAUAUAAAGCCGCCCAAGAAAUCUGGGUUAAGGACAAAGCCCCACCCGUGGAAACUGUGCUUGGGUUUGUUGAGCCAUACAGAGACCCGCUGGGCGUACGUGCCGAGUUUGAAGGAAUUGUAGGAAUUCCAGAUCCAGCAGAGACAAGCAUCCUGGCUGGAUUGGCAAGCAAGGCCGAUGCAUUCGUCUACAAACUGCCAUGGGUAGAACAGAACGAGGAAAAGGGAGCAUUUGAGAAAGACCUAUUUGAGCCCCCCGACUUUUCCAGUCUUCAGAGUCUUGCUUAUAAUUCCAGUAUAAUCUUUCCCGGGAUAAAUCUUCCAAACUACAAUGACAUUCGCCAAAAGGUUGGUUACAAGAAUAUCAUUUUCUCCAACCGCAUGGUUGCAGAGCGUGUUCGUGCCAGAGGGUUGCAUAUGGUAGACGAGACCGAGCAAGACACAUUCAAGAAUCACCGAUUCCACUCCUACUAUAUCUGGGUCGUACUGCAUGAAAUACUCGGACAUGGCACCGGUCGCUUCCUCGCGGAGGACCCAGCAGGCAGUUUCAAUUUUGACCCCAAUAAUCCGCCACUCAAUCCUCUUACACAGCAACCUGUCGAUUGUUGGUAUCGUCCCAGCCAAACUUGGACGGGAGUGUUCCAGGACCUUUCAACAACUGUCGAUGAGUGUAGAGCAGAGCUUGUGGGUGCCUACUUGAUGGAUGAACCUGAGAUAUUGGAAGUCUUCAGGUAUACAAUGAACAGUGAGGUUAAGCCAGACGAUGUCAUCUACAACAUGUACUUGCAGCUAGGGGUUGACGGACUCCGAGGCUUGGAGAACUUUGAUCCCAUCACCAAGAAAUGGGGACAGGCACACAGUCGAGCCCAUUAUGCAAUCUUCCGACAUCUCCUCCGAGACAGCGAUGGACUAUUUGCUGUGAUAUGUGACACCGAAGCAAAGAGACUGACAGUAAAGAUGGACCGAUCGAACGUUCUUCGAAAGGGCAAGCCAUCUUUGGGCCGCAUGCUCAUGAGUCUACACGUCUACCGCUGCACCGCAGACAUCAAGAAUUGCCGUGCCUUGUACGAGGACCUUUCCAACGUUGACGAGGAGGCGUUGGAAUGGAGGGAUAUUGUCAUCUCCAGGAAGGAUCCUCCUCUUGCGUUUUGUCAAGCGAACACCUUCCUAGAAGGUGGUAACGUGACGAUCAAAGAAUAUGAGCCCACUGCACGCGGUGUGGUUCAGAGUUGGGCCGAGAGAGGCUUAAUUUAA